ACCGGAUGCGCUCCGUCUCGGCCAUUUCAUUCGGGGCUGAAGUUUUAUGACGCAGAGGCUCGGCGAGGAGAGUCAGAGUUACUCUGGGGAAACAGGCGCUUUUAUUAAAGCAAGGCGUGUAGCAUGGGGAACCGGGUGGCGCGUGAGGAUUACGAGUGGGUUUAUACCGACCAGCCGCAUGCGGAGCGGAGGAAGGAGAUCCUCGCCAAAUAUCCAGAGAUAAAAUCUCUCAUGGGACCGGACCCGAGGCUAAAAUGGGUUGUCUGCAUGAUGGUAGCGGUCCAGUUCCUGGCCUUUUACCUCGUCAAGGAUUUGGAAUGGAAGUGGGUUCUGUUUUGGACUUAUGCGUUUGGCAGUUGUAUAAACCACUCCAUGACUUUAGCCAUCCAUGAAAUUUCCCACAACACAGCUUUUGGCAACAAUCGUGCGAAAUGGAAUCGCUGGUUUGCCAUCUUUGCCAAUCUGCCGAUUGGUUUGCCAUACUCUGCCUCCUUCAAGCGCUACCACCUCGACCACCACCGCUAUUUGGGUGGGGAUGGUGUGGAUGUGGACAUCCCGACUAAUUUUGAGGGCUGGUUCUUCUGCACUCGAUUUCGCAAGUUUAUUUGGAUUAUUCUUCAGCCGCUGUUCUACGCAAUUCGGCCUCUGUGCAUCAAUCCAAAGCCUAUCAGUCAGUUGGAGCUACUUAACGCGGCUGUCCAGUUUACAUUCAACGUUCUUCUCUACUGGCUGUUGGGCGCCAAGCCUUUGUUCUACAUGCUGGCUGGCUCGAUGUUGGGAAUGGGUCUUCAUCCUAUCUCUGGACACUUUAUUGCUGAGCAUUACAUGUUCCUCAAGGGCCAUGAGACCUAUUCUUACUACGGAUCCCUGAAUCUGCUCACGUUCAACGUAGGCUACCACAAUGAGCAUCAUGAUUUCCCCAGCAUCCCAGGAAGAAGGCUUCCUCUGGUGAAGAAAAUAGCGGCAGAGUAUUACGAUGAUCUGCCGUGUUACACCUCAUGGUUGAAAGUCCUCUACGAUUUCAUCAUGGAUGACGAGCUGAGUCCAUACUCGCGUGUGAAGAGGAAGCUGAAAGGAGACCUCAAGUUGGAGUGAAAUGGAUUUCCAUUGACCAAAAAUGAUGACCAAGCCUCAGAUGUGCACAUGCACCCACCUACUAAUCCCUUCAGUGACUAAGUUGUGUGAGAGAGUGAACAAAGACUGGCUUUACAUGUGCGUGUGCUUUCAGUUGAGUGUGUUAACUUUUUUUUUUGGGGGGGGGGCCUCAUUUCAAAGGGUCUUCAAAGUUUGUUGUUGAUAAAUGGAAUCCAUCCUUGGGUUUCUCCACACUGCAGCUUUGAGUACACGAUUCCUGUUUUGGCUAGAAUUUAAGAUGGGUCACUACAUAUUUUUUAAUUUGCGUGAUCUUUUUCUUCCACUUAAGGUUUUUAAUUUUAAGAAAAUGUUAUUUGAUAUGGCCAAUGCCCUAAAUUCUAGUUUGAAUACACUUGCUGCAACCUGACUCACCUUGACACAAGUCUGGCGUCGACCAGCAUGUGACGGUGUCUUGCCUUCAGUGCUUAUCACUGUCUGUCUGUCUGGCUUUUUAACGCGCCUUUUUUCGGUGUCCACGUCUGUAUGACUAACCUGCGUUUGCACUCAAGAUGUGGACCUGUGCAAGUUCCGUCUGAUAACUUAUCAAGCAUAUUUAUUCUUAGAAGUCGCCUGAGCAUUUGGAGAUCCAGUGACCUUGCUUGCAGAAUCAUGCUGCAGUGUUGAUUCAGCAACAAAUUUUACACGAAGCCUGCAUAAAUGAUUUGCACUGCUGGGUUUAAAGACAUUUAACAGGUUGGAGAAAUGUUACUUUUCAGUGACCCUACAGAUGUCUCGCACUUUUUUUUUUUUUUUUUUUUUUUAAGUUUUGUAUUAGUCAGCUUCAAUCAAAUCAUUUACCAGGAACUUUUUUUUUUUGCGCUACUUAAGAUGCUAUGUAAAAAUGUUAAGUGUCAGCGGAUUCUAGAUUUAGGAUUGUGCCUUUGGUGAUCAUGUCAAGUCGCUCCUCGAUUACACAUGCGUGUUAAAUUUAAACAUCAAAUUGAGGAAUUCGUUCUGGCUGUAAUGCAGAAGCCUGCGACUUGAAUGUGCUUGUUCUAAUACAUGAUUCUUUCUAUACUAAGGUCACUCGCAUGGUAAAUGCUCAGCCUGUUUAACAACCCAAUGCAAUAAUCCAUGACAUGGUAAGUGUUUUUUUGCCCGACAGCAGGGAGGAGCUACUGAGGAAAUGUUUUGUAGCUUUGAUGUAAGUGAUAACAGGAACUGCAGACAUUGUGUAAUAAAGAGCACUUAAUGUA